GCUAGAGAUGGGAACAGCGAGGUGCUGCACUCAGCAUUGGACCGCCUCGGGGACCAUGGUCGUCGACGUAUUAACAACCUGGACGCUGAUAAACUAUCUCCUCUACACUAUGCUGCUCGGUAUGCUCACAUUGAUGCUGUCAAGACUCUCAUCCAUGCUGGCGCUGAUGUUAAUAUUAAAGGUCAAGACAAGCUUACACCUCUCCAUUAUGCUGCCAGGUAUCGCAAGCAGAUUAAACCAAACAGACGCUACUCACCAAUGCCUUCUCCUCCUCCGAAAGAAGAAGAGAAGAGUGAAAAUGGAGAAGACAGUGAACAGAAUACCACUGGAGAAAAUGAGCAGUAUAACUUCACUAUCAAUUCCGUGCACUCAAGAUCAGAGAUCGGUAUUGGAAGUAUUUCUGAGACCUCCGUCAUCAGGAUACUGGUGGAAUGUGGAGCCGAGGUCAAUGCUCGAGAUGUGUACGACCAGACACCCUUGCACUAUGCUGCAAUGAGAGGUAAUGAUCCUGCUGCCAGGGAUCUCCUCAAAUGUCCUCAUAUCUUUUAUGAGGCAAAAGACAAGCAGAAAAUGACCCCACUCUUUGUUGCUGCAACUUAUGGUUAUGUGGACAUUAGUCGCCGUUUAAUCCAAGCUGGAGCCAGCUUAUUUUCCAAGGAUGAAUCAGAACAAACGCCUUUGCAUCGCGCCUCUAUGGAAGGCCAUAUGGAAAUUGUUGAGCUGCUGUUGACGUCUGCGAUGGCAGAGGAAGGAGAGCAGUUAGUGGAACGACUGGUUAGUGAACGAGACAGUGAAGGUCAAACGCCACUCCAUCAUGCUGUCAACAACGGUCACAUCAAGGUUGUCAGACGUGUGCUGGAUGCCGGUGCCGAUGUUGAUGCUGUACGGGACACUCUAGCCACACCUCUCCAUGCUGCGGCUGCGGUCGGAGAUACUGAUCUUCUCACACUCUUACUCAAGAGAGGUGCACGACUGGACAGUAUUGAUUGUAACCAACAAACUCCAUUACAUCGAGCUGCCGAUCUUAACCAAGCAGUGGCUAUUACCAUGCUUCUUGACGCAGGAGCCAAGGUUGAAAGAAGAGACAAGGACUCAUUCACACCACUGUUGGUGGCAGCCAGUGGCGGCCAUGCAUCAGCUGUACAGACAUUGUUGAACCAUGGUGCUGAUGUGGAGGCGGUGGAUAAGGAUGAUAAAACAGCUGUGUACUGGUGUGCUAGCCAGGGCAAUGAAGAAGCUUUAGAGGUUUUAUUGAAUAGCGAACACUGUCGAAAAUUGGUGGAUACAAGCGAUAGAUACGACAACUCACCAUUGCACGCCGCUGCAUGCCACGGAUACAUGAACAUCAUAAAUAUGUUGCUAAAUGCAGGAUCUCUAGUGGACAACAAGAAUGAAGACGAGGAAACAGCACUGCACGUGGCGGCAGAGGCUGGACAAGUCAAGGUAGUGCGUGAACUGGUACACCGCUACAAGUUUCUCCUUUUUGAUGAAAAUGAGGAUUCCAACACUCCAUUGCAUUUAGCCUGCUUACAAGGCUAUGCUGAUGUGGUACACAUCCUGCUAGAAGCUGGAGCAGCCGUAGAUGCCAGGAACUCUUCCCUCUGGACGCCACUUGACUGUGCUUCUGCCAAGGGUCAUGUCUUGUGUGUUCACCAGUUGCUUGAUUAUGAUUCACCUCUGGAUCCUCUUGAUAAGACAAAAACGACUCCCUUGCAACUGGCAGCAAGGGAAGGUCACGUUGCAGUGACCCGACUACUAUUGGAGCGAGGUGCAUCACUUGCUGCCUGUGACACUUCUGGGAGGAAUGCGUUAGAACUUGCUAUUGCUGCUGGCAAAAGGGAUGUCUGCAUGGCAAUUGUGAGGUCAGCUGAGUGGGAGGCAGGUCUCAGGAAUGUAAGGAUGGAUGACAGGGGUCGGCGCAUCACUCCUUUCAGGAUGCUUAUCCAGAAAUUCCCAGGUGUUGCAGAAGUAGUACUUGAUAGGUGCACUUCAACCAAUGGCAUGGACUCAGACGACAGGAGAUUUGAAGCAUUGGUUAACUUUGAGCUCGUGGAUGAUACAUACACCUUUCAGAAUGGCAGCGACACUGACUCCCUUGCUUCAGUGUCAACCCUUGAACCGCCAUUUGAUGAGGAUGGGCAGCUGCUGGAACAUGCCGAGCCAUAUACCAAUGAUGCCAGGGAGCUUAAAAACAACCAUCCAUUAAUGCUCAUGGUGAAGUAUAGAAGGUUAAAUCUCUUGGCUCAUCCAGUCUCCAUCUCACUCGUUAAACACAAGUGGAUGAAUUAUGGAAGGUUUGUAUACUAUUUGACUCUCUCAUUCUACAUGGUCUUCCUGACAUUCCUCACUGGUUACAUCCUUACAGCAAGGAACUGGUCGUGGGUUAAAAUGGAAAUGAACAACAUUGAAGGUUAUACACGUAUGGUUCAAGAAGCCAAGGAGAAACAUUCUUGUGAGGCUAUAAAAGACAAGGUGAACUUGGCAGACAGCAUAUUUGUAAUAGCCGGAAAGUGGGUGAUCAUUGUCAUGGCAAGUUUGAACAUAAUGCGGGAGAUGUUCCAAUUUUACCAGGCAGUCUCAAAUUACCUCGGUUGGGAAAUGAGAUGGUGUUGCACAUUACGCUGUUUUGCUUGUUGGGACUUUAAUACGCACUGUCCAAUACACGAUUGGCAGUGGCAAGUUGGCGCAGCAUCCAUUUUUCUAGGGUGGAUAAAUCUGCUACUCUUCAUCCGCAAGUUUCCUUUCCUAGGCAUCUACGUUGUCAUGUUUACCGAUGUUUUUGCUACGUUUCUCAAGUUCUUCACUGUCUUCUUACUCUUCAUUGUUGCCUUCGCUCUGAGCUUCUACACGGUCCUGAAAAACCAAGAACCCUUUAGAACACCAACCAACUCACUGCUAAAGACAACAGUGAUGAUGAUCGGAGAGCUGGAGUUUGACGCCAUUUUUAACGAAGAAAAACUUGAAUAUCCAGAAAUCACGUAUAUCCUGUUUGUCGCCUUCCUGAUUCUGAUGUCCAUUAUAAUCAUGAACUUGCUGGUGGGUCUGGCCGUAGAUGACAUUAAAGCCGUACAGGACCAAGCUAUACUCAAGAGGCUUGCAAUGCAAACCCAGAUGGUACUAGAUGUAGAAAUGCUGAUUCCAGAAACACUGAGAAGAAUAUAUACCAUCUCCAAGAAAGUCGUGCAUCCUAAUGCUCACCAUAGGCUGUUUCCCAAGCUCUUUGGCGAUUUCCAGUUUAUGAAGACCUUCGAUUAUUUUGUACACGAGGAACAGAUGAGUGAUCAAGAGACGAUGCGGCGAAACAUGGCACAAUUAAUGGCAACAGUGGAGGACCUUCGAGCACAAAGUCAACGCCACCGGGCUCUCUUAAUUGCUCUCAUGAAUGUCUGCAACCGUGAUAAAGACAGGGAAACCAGUGAACCUGACAUUACAAAGUAUGUGUGA